UGCAACGCGGAAGUUUGCGAAUCAGCCCAGUUGUGUUUCUAUGUGAAACCUGUAAUGAAGAUUUUCGAGAGCGGCUUUAGUUUCGUGUUUACUGUUUUCGCUGUUUUAGUGGCGAUAAUUACACCGGUUCUACACUACAUGGAGAAUUCAACGGAAUGCGUGGAUUAUAAAGGAAUGGAUGUGGCAGUACUAGAGGAAAACUUCAGACAAAAGAAUAAAAGUUGUUUUAUUCUAGGGGCAUCUGGAGAGACAGGAAAAGUUCUGCUAAAGGAAAUUUUGCAGAGAAAUCUUUUCAACAAAGUUACACUGAUUGGACGACGAAAGCUGAGCUUUGAGGAUAAAGCUUAUGAAAAUGUGGUGCAAGAAGUGGUGGAUUUUGAGAAGCUGGAUGAAUAUGCUCAAGCAUUCCAGGGUCAUGAUGUUGGAUACUGCUGUCUUGGAACAACCAAAGCAAAAGCUGGAACUGAGGGAUUUAUCCGCGUCGAUCAUGACUAUGUACUGAAAUCUGCAGAACUCGCCAAAGCAGGUGGUUGCACACACUUCCACCUGGAGUCAUCUAAAGGAGCGGACAAAACAAGCAGUUUCCUUUACCUAAAAACCAAGGGUCAGGUUGAAGCAGAGAUAGAGGAGCUGGGAUUCGAGCGAUACUCAGUCUACAGACCUGCAGUGCUCUUGGUAAACAGAGAGGAAAGCAGACCAGCUGAAUGGGUGGCACGCAAAUUUUUUGGAGCUUUCUCUUCCGUGUUUCCCACAGCUAUGUCCAUCCCCAUCUCUGCUGUGGCUCGAGCCAUGGUGACCAACACCCUCAUUAAGGGAGAGGGAAAAAAUGAGAUCCUUGAAAACAAAGCCAUUUAUAACCUUGGCAAGAUCGGGGACAAACAGUAAUCUGUGGAUUGUUCAAGUGUCAUGUAUCUGGGUGCUUUAAAUUUCUAAUCCAUAAAGGGAUGUUUUGUGAUUUGGUGAUAUUAUUUUCAGAGCAAAUUGCCUUGUGUAAAGGGACAUGUCAAAACAUAAGGGAUCUUUCUGUUCAUCUUUAAACUUUUCUUUAUUCACUUCCUGGUGCUCAGUCUGAUGUAUACUUGCAUUAUCAAACACGCAAAUGAAU